UGCCGACCGCCCGCCGCCCCACCCACACAGUCCGGCAGUCGUGCGUGGCCCGCACACGCCACCGCCGCCAUGGGCUCCUGAGGCAAGAAACAGCAAUCUGUGCCCUGGAGGCCCUUGUGCUGCAGCCAGCCAGCCAAACAAGCUCACCUACACCUGCAGAGGAGGCACAGGCCUCAGGUUAGCUCAUCACUUAUUCCCAGGGGUUCUCUCAGGGAGCCCCCUGCUGCUAGGCACCAUGACGGUGAGGGGGGCCGCACUGGCCCCGGAUCCAGCAUCGCCCACGACCGUGGCAGCCUCGCCCAGCAUCUCCGAGAUCCCCGAGGGCAGCCCCACAGCCAUGGAACAGCCUGUGUUUCUGAUGACGACUGCAGCUCAGGCCAUCUCCGGUUUCUUUGUUUGGACAGCUCUUCUCAUCACCUGUCACCAGAUCUACAUGCACCUGCGCUGCUACAGCUGCCCCAACGAGCAGCGCUACAUCGUCCGCAUCCUCUUCAUCGUGCCCAUCUACGCCUUUGACUCCUGGCUCAGCCUCCUCUUCUUCACCAACGACCAGUACUACGUGUACUUCGGCACUGUGCGAGACUGCUACGAGGCCUUGGUCAUCUACAAUUUCCUGAGCCUGUGUUAUGAAUACCUCGGGGGAGAAAGUUCCAUCAUGUCAGAGAUCAGAGGGAAGCCCAUCGAGUCCAGCUGUAUGUAUGGCACAUGCUGCCUCUGGGGAAAGACUUACUCCAUUGGAUUCUUGCGGUUCUGCAAGCAGGCCACCCUGCAGUUCUGCGUGGUGAAGCCGCUCAUGGCUGUCAGCACCGUGAUCCUGCAGGCCUUUGGCAAGUACCGGGACGGUGACUUUGAUGUCGCCAGCGGCUACCUGUACGUGACCAUCAUCUACAAUGUGUCCGUCAGCCUAGCCCUCUAUGCCCUCUUCCUCUUCUACUUCGCCACACGGGAGCUGCUCAGCCCCUACAGCCCCGUCCUCAAGUUCUUCAUGGUCAAAUCGGUUAUCUUCCUCUCAUUCUGGCAAGGCAUGCUCCUGGCCAUCCUGGAGAAGUGCGGGGCCAUCCCCAAGAUCCACUCAGCCCGAGUGUCAGUGGGUGAGGGCACCGUGGCUGCUGGCUACCAGGACUUCAUCAUCUGCGUGGAGAUGUUCUUCGCAGCUCUGGCCCUGCGGCACGCCUUCACCUACAAGGUCUACGCCGACAAGAGGCUGGACGCGCAAGUGCCAACAUAUGGUCCUUACGGCCGCUGCGCCCCCAUGAAGAGCAUCUCCAGCAGCCUCAAGGAGACCAUGAACCCGCACGACAUCGUGCAGGAUGCCAUCCACAACUUCUCGCCUGCCUACCAGCAGUACACGCAGCAGUCCACCCUGGAGCCCGGGCCCACCUGGCACGGCGGGGCCCACAGCCUCAGUGCUGCCCGAGACACUGAGAAGACUCUCCUGCUCAGCUCUGAUGAUGAGUUCUAAGUGCGACUGCUGCUGGGAAGGAUUGGCCCUUGGCCCAGGGCAGGGUGUGCCCCCUCCAGCCUCAUGUCCAGGCCAGGAAGCAGGCUGGCAGCUUUGGCAUUGCCCUUUAAUUUAUUGGACCAGAGACACUCACAUAUCACUUCCAGAGGAACAGUCAGUCGCUGUUUGCUGAGAGAACAGCCCAGGCUCACCUUGGAGCCUUCAGGAAUAUUUAUACCAGGCCAAGCCAGCACUGCCCGGGCGCGGAGCAGAGGACACUGGGAGCAACUCCUGUGCCCCUGCCGCUAUUCCUGCGGUGGCCGCUUGUUGGGACCAGCCGUGCCCCCGAUCCAGAUGCUUGUGUUGUGGGCCAGCAGCCGGCCUUCUCAGCUCUGUCCCCAGGUCACAGUGUGCAAUACAGCUCUUCCCUACCUGUUUCCUCCCCUGUGCCCCUGUCCAUGCUGGAUUAGCCUCGUCUGGGCAGGAGGAGGGAGGGGGACAUGGGAGCUCUCUGAGCCCCCUCCUGACCGGGGCCUGCCUGGCAUGCUGCAAGGACCAGAGCCAGACACGAAGAGCCACUAGGAUCCACUAGGUGCCUCUGGCCCCUCUUCUGUUGGUGUGGCCUCUCCAAGCAGGGGUCCCUGAGCCCCUGGGUGUCCUCUCCGUGGCUGCACCUCUGUCUCAUGCCCUUUCCUCCUGGCCUGCUGAGGACCGCUAGCAGCCCGCGCUGUCCCCCACGUGGCGUCUGUCUUGAGAGCACCUGCGGCGGAGCCCUUACUGCCCAGCUGCUCCCAGGGUCUGGGCUCCCACCUUCCUUCCCAGACAGCACUCAGGACCUGUGCUGUGUCCUGGUCUCUCCUGGGGCUUCUCCCCCCCAUUUCAGGGAAAGAGUCUGAGUCUCCACGUUUCAGACCAGCUUCCAAAGGACGCAGUUCUGUGGGAGGGAGGACGAAGGGCUGGGGCACGCAGCCGAGGCCCUGGCCCCAACCCACACAGGGCCUGGUGUCCUGCCUCAUCCGGCCCCCCAGCUCGUCUCUUCUGUGCCUUAGUCACAUAUGAAAGCUCCCCCUCCCUAGGCCCUCAGUCUAUCCCAGACACCCCUGGGGGCUUCCCGUUACACUACUGGCACUCGGAGGGUCCUGCAGUGCUGGGCCAAGCACCCUUGGACAGGCCUCAGGGGUGGCCAGGACUACCAGUCCCUACCCCUGCCCACCUCCCCACCCAUAUACCUGGAGCCUCCCAGGGCCAGAGCCGCCAUGCAGGCUGGGCGCACAUUGGCCACUGUCUUAGGAAGAGGCUCUCGAUGGACACUGCUUGUUUGUACAGGCCGAGUGUCCAUCCCCAGAUAGCACCUGGGUUUGGGCUGCAACAGCCUGGGGAGGGGGACGGUGAGGGAGCAGGGCCCUGUGGCUUCAGGACUUCACUGUAAAUCUCCUGGCCGCUCCUGGAAUGAACUGUGCCGAGGGUCGAGGGUCAGGUGGGGUUCCAUCCCAGGAAACUUUCCGGGCACUUGGCUCUUGUGACCAAGCCAGUCCCUGGGGGAGACAGGCCUGCUUGUGGGGUACUGGAGGCCAACUUCCGGGCUCCUGUCUGGUGGGCUUGGCCAGUUAGUACCAAGCUGCCUGGGAAGGCAGCAGGUUGGUGCAGGCUGUCCUAGAACAACCUCUGUCCCCACUCCCACCAUUUCCCUUCACAAAUCUGUUUCUCUGAUUCUCCUUCCAGGCCAAAGUGUGUGGCUGACUCCCUGCCCCCACUCUCUGCAGACCCUGGCACUUGCCCGCAGCUCAGUGGCAGGGAACCAGCGGCCCCUGGGGAGAUGGGGGCUGGGAACGCGUGCCUGCCCAUGUCACCCCUACUUCCUAGGAUUUGUAACCUACCUUGUCUUUUUUUUCCCAAUAGAGUAGUUCUUUGUACAUAAAAAAUACUUGAAAAAUUAACUGUAUGAUGUAUGAGAAGACAGAGUCCCCUAGUUUUGUAUUUUGUGAAUGACUGCCAUGAGUUCCACCAGAAAGUCGCUCUAUUUUGGUCUCUGUGACAUUUUAAAUGCGUGACAGAAGUGAGCAAAUAAAGUGAGAAAGAAAUAUAUA